GCGAUCCCGAGCCCAGCGGCGGCCGCCGCGGCACUGCCGGGCGCCUCGGAGCCCCCGCUCGCAGCGAACAGGAGACCGGCCGCGCGGCCGCGGGGCCGGCCCUGGCGUUCCCGUCGGUCGGCGGCGGGGGCGGCUUCGGCAGCGACAGCCUGCCGGGGAUCGGCGGCUACGGCUUCGGCGGGAGCGACCGGGGGGGAGGGCCAGUGCUGCUACGGGAGCUGCGACGGCCACUGCAUCACGGACGGCUCCUGCAACUCGCAGGAUCAGUGCACGACCCCCGCCGGGGACCUGGGCUGCAACCCGGGCGAAGGCAGCGGCCUCGGGGCGACGAUGUGGUGCCCCUACAGCGGCUGGGCUCCUGGUGCCCGCUGA